GCGGUUUGUAUCUUUCCCACGGGAGAGAAGGUUAAGAAGACCACGCCAACAAUUUAUAACAUAUAACAAUUUAUAACAAGACUAACUUAUCGUCAAAAAUGGCUGAAGCGAUGCGUCAGACCGUUGCUGGAAUGCUCAAAGGUAUUGAAAGGUACAAUCCCGAUAACCUCACGACUUUGGAAAAGUAUGUGGAAAUACAAUCAAGGGAAAAUGCUUACGAUCUGGAGGCCAAUUUGGCUGUGCUGAAGCUUUAUCAACUGAAUCCGCAUCGAUUUAAUAUGGACAUUACAUGUCAGAUAUUACUGAAGGCAUUAACCAAUCUGCCACAUACUGAUUUCGUGUUGUGUAAAUGCUUGCUCAGUGAAAAGCUUAUGUCAGAAAGUCCUAUUGAUCAAAUUAUGUAUUUGGGAGAUAUCCUAGAGCGAUGCGAUUUCCAACAUUUCUGGGAUAGGGUGUUGUCCAUGUCAGAGCUUUGUGACAGGAUCGUAGGUUUCCAGGAUUCAAUAAGGAAAUUUGUGUGUCAUGUAGUGGGAAUCACAUUUCAAACGAUAGAUAAAGGACUUUUGGCACAAUUGCUUGGUGGUGUAGAUGAUGCAACAUUGAAACAUUGGGUAAAGAAAUAUGGUUGGAAAGAAGAAACUAAAAUUAUUAUUUUUAUUGCAAAUCAAGAUGAGAACAUCAAGACCAAGAACAUCACCGAAAAAAUUGAUUUUGAGAAUGUUGCAGGUUUGAUGGCUGCGUGUCUGUAAUUAGUGAUUAUUUUAUAAUAAAUUAAUUGAUUAUAAAAAUAACUUCUAUUCUCAUCAUGUAUCCGUUUUUAAUAUUGUUUUUUGUAAAAAGACAUACAUAUAUCACAAUAACAAUAUUUCUAUAAAUGGAAGAUUUUUUAUAAUUAACUUUGACAUAUUUCAGACGAAUUCUCUGUAUCAUGUAUUCUCAUUGCUUCGUCUUCUUUUAUACCAUUAAAUUCUUCAUGGAAUUUUA